AUGGGGCUCACAAUAACCUAUUCUGUAUUCUUCACGCUUUACGCAGCCAAAGGCGGCGCUCGUCAUUUCAUGUACUUGACCCCUGCACAGGUCGAGGAGACCACUCUGUUCAACUGGGUAUCGCAAACAUUUUGUAUCAUGGCCAUUGCGACGGGCAAGAUCUCGGUUGCAAUCCUGAUGGGCCGACUUAUGGCACCGAAUAGAUGGAGGAAAAGGAUUCUCUACUUCCUAUCCAUCUCCGCAUUCAUAGCUGCCUGCAUAUUUAUUAUCUCCAUCUUCGCCCAAUGUUCCCCACCAAAGGCGCUUUGGAUACCUUCGCCAGGCAAGUGCCCGCAUCCAAAAAAGAUAAACGAUCUCGACGUGGCGCUUGCAUGCUGGUUUGUGUUUGUGGACUUUGCCCUUGCCAUAUUUGGGAUCACUAUGAUCUGGAACCUACAAUUGAACAAGAGAAAAAAGGCUGGUCUGAGCGCCCUUCUCGGCUUGGGAUUCUUCGCUGGCAUUUGUGCGGCCGUGAAGACCUCCUAUCUGCCAACAUUGACCGUUCACUCCGACUUCAGUUGGAUCACGGUCGACCUACUGAUCUGGAACGCCCUCGAAGUCAAUGUGAUCAUAUUUGCCGCCUGCCUUCCGACUCUUCGCCCUAUCUUCAAAACCCUGUUCGACAAUAUCCAGGUUAGGGUCUCCAUGACGAGGAAAUCUCACAGCAAGCUCCCUAGUCCACGCCAUGAGUCUUCCUACGAGCUUCAGACCGUUCCCACGAAGAUUGUGCGACCGGCCAACAGUGCGAGCCGUGGAGCAGCGGACAGCUGGCCGAACGAAAACAGUAGCCGGGUAAACAUCGUGCCCACGAACAGAAUUCUGGAGGUCACGGAGAUGGACACCAGGUUCGAAGACCGCAGUAAGGAUGGAAAGGGAAAAGAUGAGGAGUACGGGUGGAACGAAAGUCGUGCAGCCACGUCCACGAGGAAUGUGGUGUAA